CCAGCCCAGGGGCAGAGCAGGACAUCUACUAUAACGUGUACAACCUGUGAUGUAGCAGAUAAAGUUGCGUUGGUUCAUGUGGCAGAAAGGGGCGGGUUAGUCGGAGCACAGCUUGGGGAUUUUUACAGCUUUUACACAGUUUCCCUCAGAAGGAGGUGAGUUGAGUUCAGACUGAUUACAGUGUUAAUGCUGACUACGGAGAGACAUACACCAGUACAGACAUGUCUCUCUCGAAGAUGAGUCGACAACAGCUAUUUACUUUAAUUGCAAUGGCAUCCAUAAACUUCAGCUCAAUGAUAUGCUAUUCAAUAUUAGGACCAUUUUUCCCACCUGAAGCAGAGAGAAAAGGAGUAAGCCAAGCAAUAAUUGGGUUAAUAUUUGGAUGCUAUGCCUUCUUCACUUUGGUUGGAUCACUGAUUUUGGGGAAAUAUAUUGUGCAAAUCGGGGCUAAAUGUAUGAUAAUUGCAGGCCUGUUAAUUUCAGGCUUAACUACUAUAGUCUUUGGAUUUCUAGACAGAGCUCCUGAUGGAACCAUCUUCAUAGUGCUCUGUUUUGUAAUAAGGUCUGUUAAUGCAGUGGGCUUCGCUGGUGCUGUAACAUCCUCUUUUGCUGUAUCGGCAAAAGUGUUUCCUGACAAUAUAGCAACAAUACUGGGCUUUAUUGAGAUUUUUACAGGAUUGGGACUCAUACUGGGACCACCUUUGGGUGGAUGGAUAUAUCAUGCAUUUGGAUAUGAAAUUCCAUUCAUUGCUUUGGGAAGUGUCCUGUUUUUGACUGUUCCCUUAAUCAUGUGGAUUUUACCAAACUUUGAUGGGGUUGCCUCACAGGGCUCCUUCUUCAAACUGUGCUCACGAGUGAAGAUGAUGCUCAUUUGCUUUGUGGUGUUCACACUGAGCUCAGGAAUCGGCUUUUUGGACGCAACUCUGUCAAUAUUUGCCAUGGAAGCGUUUGGUCUAAGUGCUGAAUCUGUGGGGCUGCUCAUGGUUGGCGUCUCAUUACCCUACGGUGCUGCAUCCCCUAUCCUUGGGAUACUGAGUGAUAAGUACCCAUUCAUCAGAAGGUGGAUGAUGGCAAUAGGAGGAAUAGCAACAGCAAUUGGCUUUUGCUUACUUGGUCCCAUUCCUGUCUUUCACAUUGAGAAUGAUCUUUGGCUUACUGUUGUCAUGCUGGUGGUCAUCGGGUUUUCUCUGUGUAUGACCUGCAUCCCUACCUUCACUGAGAUGCUCAUCUGUGCACAUGAAAACGGAUUUGAAGAUAGCUUAAGCACGCUGGGUUUAGUGUCAGGACUGUUUUCAGCUGUGUGGUCAGCAGGGAUGUUCUUCGGCCCUACUAUUGGUGGAUUUAUGACCCAGAAACUGAAUUUUGAAUGGGGUGCAGGUUUUCAAGGAGGGAUCACCUUUAUUGCUGCAUUUUUACUACUGUUAUUUUUAAUCAAAGAAGAAAUGUGCAAGUCAAGAUUUUGGAAAAUCAGUAUGGCUGAAUGCAUUUUCUACUCUGGAGAAAAAUCCCCACUUCUCUGCUCAUCUUCAGAAACAUCUGUUUGAUAUGUACACAAACCUCAGACCUUCAUCUGAAGGUAUUUGUGCAUUGGCACAUCACUAUGUGGAAAAAUAAUGUCCAAGUCAAAGAAACUGAAUUCUUACUAAUAAUACUUGUUAAGAAAACACAGAAAAUGUCUGCUUUAGAAAGUAACUUGGGAACAGUCCCCAGAUCUGUGAUGGACAAUCAGGUGCUAUUAAUUUGUAAAAACAAGUUUAUUCUAUUUGAAACUUAUUGGGACUCCAAAACAUACACUCACUGUCCACUUUAUCAUCAGUGUCUGUGCAUGCGGUCAUCUAAUAAGCUAAACGUGGCAGCAGCACAAUGCAUAACGUCAUGCAGAAACGGGUCAAGAGCUUCGGUUAAUUUUCACAUCAUGCAUUAGAAUGUUGAAAAACGUGAUCUCAUCGACGGCGACAUGGUUGUAGUUACUAGAUGGAUGGAUUUUGACUAUUUAGAAUCUGCUGAUCUCUAGAGCUACACAGAAUAAAGUAAAAAACAUCAUGUGUUGUAGGUUUGCAGGCCUUGUUGAACUGAGAGGUCAGAGGACAGGAGUAGAAACUGAUUGUGUUUUUCCCUUCUGUCCCUCUCUCGUCAAUACUGACAGUCACUUGAUUUUUUUUUAUUUUUUUUUGGGUUCUUCAAACCAUUUUAUUUAAACUCUAGCUCAAAGGAGCUCAGUAGUUCCUGAAAUACUCCAACCAGCCCCUGUGGCACUUUUCCCCUCCCUUAUUUUUUUAAAUGUGAACAUUUACUGAAACCCUUGACCUAUCUACAAGAUUUUUUUUGCAUUGUGUUGCUGCCACAUUGUGUUGACUGAUUUGAUAACUGCAUGAAUGGGAGGGUGUCCCAAAUAAAAUGCACAGUGAGUGUAUAGCUCUAGCUUAUCUCUUUGUAGUGGACUGAAUAAAUAGCACAUCCGU